UGUGUGUGAUACCCUUGUCAACACAGCGCCAGCCCAAACAAUUACUUCGACACAUCUCAAUUUGAAAUAUCAGUUAACAUGUGAGAUAAACUCGCUCAACCGUUCUGCGUGGUCAAAGUCGUCCCGUCGUAUCGCUCGCCUGAUAACUCUAAGGUGCUCGCUCAGUCGCCGUCUGGCAGUUGGCUGGUCCGCGCUUACCGGCGUUCCGUAGAAUCUCCCUCACUAACCGUACCGCAGACACGAUGAAGCACAAACAGAAAGUUUACAUUACGUCUGUGGACGACUCCGAGUCCUCGAACCGGGCGCCAACGCCGCCGGCCCAUCGGUCCCUUCCUCCUUCUCCUGAGCAGCUGAAGCAGCAUCCACAGCCGAUACCGUCGAUUGAUCUGACCAUGGCCUUGAGCGACAAGUACGGUGUCGGCGGCAGCUAUGACGACAAUGGCGGCUCCGCCGACGAGAUGCAGCAAAUUAACGCGACCAGCUUGACGACCCCGGGUACGGGGAUGACCUCGCGGGAUUCUUCCAUUAAAGGUCAUGAUGGGGCGGGUUGUGCCAGGUUGGGUCAACUGGUCCCAACCGUUGACGCUGCUGGCCGUCUUUCUGACAAGCAUCCUCCUGGACCCAACCCAUCAGCCAACACUCCGUCCUCCGGCGAUCCAAAGUCAUCUAAUGGCCAGCAAAUUAACGCACCACUUUUGGGGCCGCCCAACAACGUGGUCCAUCAACAGCAGCCCCUUCAUCGCCGACUGCAUCGACACUACAAACAGUCGUUGAAAUUAAAAGCAAAUAGCUCCACCCCACCAACGCCGCCCGGAGUGGCCACCGUAAAAAUGGCCACCCUCUACUGCUGUCCGUCCGGUCAACCGUGUGACAAGAUGAAAAAUCAACACGACAUAUUAAUUCAUUUGCAAAAGUCACAUCAAACGAGUGUCGUCCAGUAUUACGUGGCCCCCGGGGAACCGGUCCGGGUCCAUCUGGCCGCCGAGAAGGCCUCGUGCGUGACGUGCGUGGUGCUGGUGCGGGGCGACGACGAGAAUAACAACAAUCACGGCGCUGUCAACCAGAGCUGCCCCAGGACGAAUCGCGCUAAUUGCCGAUUCCAGGAGCUGUUCUUUGUGGCCAAGUUUCGGUGCAUGGAAUCGGCCGGACAGGCGCUGUACUGGCUGUGGCAUCUCGGGGCGCAGGAAGCAUAUCACCAUAAACGUGCAUCUUCUGCACGCCAACACGACCUCACCAAUACCAGCAACCGACUUCCGGCAAGAACUUCGGCUGCAAAAGAGCGAAAGAGCGAACAAGUUGGGGAGAGGAGAGCGUUUCUACGGAUCGGAGGGUUCCACAUCUCUCAACGCUUCGGGGUUGCUCAGUUCCCGGCGAUCCAAGCAAGCGAACGGAUCGCACUUUCGCGGUUGUCCGCGAUCAUUACACGUCAAAGUCACGUGAAGCCCUCGAACCGAACAAACGAACUUCCGCGGCGUGCGCGAACGUAUCCGGAUCUCGCCGGUGGCCAACUACUGCCACGACUCGGAUCGGACACAUCCCGGCGGACGACGGCAGCCCGGGGCGCCGAAGAAUUCCAGCAGAAGCGGUACAGCGGAACGACUCUGGUCGGCGGAACGCGUGCGGCGGGAGGCCGCGUAUCGAAGGCGCGCGGUGGCUGGUUCUGGACCGGAGGCCGUGGCGCAGGUUUGCUGCUGAAGAACGGCGGUGUAGUGUUGGUUGUUGGUCGUGCCCAGGAGGAGGAAGAGAAGAUUGAACUAAUAAAGAAGUGCUUUGUGACAGAGAGAAGAAGAAGAGGACGCCAAGGGCGAAGGUUGAGGCCAUGUAGGGGAAGUUGGGGUCAAUAAAUCAUUAUAAGUCGAUAAA